AAGACAGAGCUUUAGUUUGUGUGAAUGUUUGACAUUUAUAAUGGGCCAAAUGGGAGCCCGACAUAUACCUCAAGCACGUAUCCUCCUCCUGGGUCUUGAUGGAGCUGGUAAAUCAACACUUCUUUACAAACUCAAAUACAAUGAAGACUUCCACACAGUUCCAACAAUCGGAUUCAACGUUGAAAUGAUCGAAGCCAAGAGGAACAGGGACAAAAUUGCCUUGACAGUGUGGGAUGUCGGUGGCCAGACUAAGAUGCGAGCACACUGGAAGAAUUUUUACCAAGACACAGCUGGAAUUGUGUUCGCCUUGGAUUCUUCUGACAUUAAACGGCUGGACGAGGCAAAGGGAGUGCUGGAACAGACCUUAAAGAGUGACCACCUCAGGGGACUGCCUGUGGUCAUUCUUGCCAACAAGCAAGAUAUUGAAGGAGCUGCAACGGUAAUAGAGAUCACAGAGCAGUUUAAUCUGAGAAAGAGCUGCAGUGACCGAGGCUGGUUCAUUCAGCCUUGUUCUGCAUUGACUGGAGCAGGUCUGGUGGACGGCUUCAGAAGAAUGGCACACCUGGUGAAAAUGACACCUGAGGACAAUAACAUCAAAGAGACUGUGAAAUACAUAAAAUCAAAAUCUGUGAUGUCAAUGAAGAAAUAGCCAACACAUGUUGACAUUUUGUCACAUCUAUGGAA